AUGAUGUAGCGGAGGAGGUGAGCUGGUGCGGCUAGCAGCAUUUGAAAAAAAAACUAAAUAAAUAAAUAAAACAGCGCUUGAAUUCAAGUGCAGUGGGUGGAGUUUAAAGGAUGCUUUACGGGUGCAGAAGAAGUUGUUGCCUUCACACGCGGAAGCCAUGCGUAAUGCCUGUGACUGAAUGACCGCCGGCCGGUGAGGACGGAGGAUGCUGGAGUAUGAAGCAGGAGCAGACAUGCGACUGGUCCGUCAGAUCAGCGCCGGGAUGAAGAUCCAGGCCGGGGGAGAGCACACAGGCUGCAGCAAGGUCGCGGGCAAUCCGGAGAACCAGGUCAUCUGUUUGCAGUGUCAGGAGGAGCUGGUGCGGGUUUGUCCGGGGAGUCCGCGCAGUCCUCGCCGCGCCAUCGCGCCGCGCUUCUCCUCUGGAUCUGCAGACUGUGAGCCCAGCAGUAGCAGUUACAAUGCCUCUUCAGGAACCUUCUACAGCUGUGUCAGCCAGAUCACCAUUGGGUUUGAUCUUGGGGGUCAAGUGGCCAUCGGCUUCUCCCACUGGAAGAGUCCUUUCCCAGCGAGCGGCCCCAGUCUCCCCAGUCCGGACUGCGUUCACUCGGAGGCCUCCACUGUCCCGCCCAUCAGCGAGUAUCUGGAGCCGGUGUCCUGCCCGGCAUCGCUGUCCAUCACGCCGCUGCCCACCUGCAGCGCCAGCCAGGAGACGCUCUGCGACAGCAGCACCAGAGUGAGUUUGUCUCUACAUGGGUCUGAGCCCCAGCGGCGGAGCCCCCACCAACGCAGAGUCCCGCUGCAACCCUCGGCCUCAGGCUACCAGGCAGCGGACAGACCUCUCGCCUUCCCCUCCACUGGGAAGGCGGACAUCAUGGAGGAAUCCUCUUCUCCAGCCGCAGACUCCAGCACUCAAGACGACGUGCCCCCCGUUGUUGUGAAGGAUGUCAACGUGCUGCUUGAUAGAGAAAUGUCUGAGGGCAUAAGCAGCCCAUCCAGACACAACGACUCAACCCUGCUGAACCUGGAAAACAACAGCAGCAUCCUCGACGACAACACAAAGUCCGAUUCUGGCCUCCCAGAGGGGAGGGGGAAGUCCAGCGGCCUGUGCUUCAGCGAUGGAAAGAGUCGCAUUGACUACAUCCUGGUUUACAGAAAGUCCAGCUCGCAGUCCGAAAAGAGGGAGAUAUUUGAGCGGAACAUGCGUGCAGAGGGCUUACAGAUGGAAAAGGAGGCCUCCAUAACAAACAGCGACGUGCUCUUUCUGAAGAUCCAUGCGCCGUGGGAUGUUCUCUGUCGCUACGCUGAGCUCAUGAACAUUCGCAUGCCGUUUAGGAGGAAAAUCUUGUACAUGCACCGACGGCACAAGUUCAUGAGCAGGAUGGAAAAGCGCAUCAACAAGUUUCGUGGCUGGCUUCCUCGCAAGCCCAUGAAGUUUGACAGCGAAACUCUGCCCGACCUGGAGGAGAACGAGAGCUUCACCGCCCCCUUCAGUCGAUCAAGGAUACAUCAUUUCAUCAUCCACAACAAAGACUCUUUUUUCAACAACGCCACCAGAAGUCGCAUCGUCCACCACAUCCUUCAGCGGGUCAAAUAUGAGGAGGGGAAAAAUAAGAUGGGCUCCUGUUUCUCUUCUCGUCUGUGUUUGAUUCCAGGGCUCAAUCGUCUUUUGAGCAACAAUUCAUAUGAGGCAGCCUUCCCUCUUCAUGAGGGGAGCUACCACAGCAAAAACUCCAUCAGAACACACGGAGCAGAGAACCACCGGCACCUGCUGUAUGAAUGUUGGGCCUGGUGGGGGGUUUGGUACAAGUACCAACCGCUGGACCUCAUCAGGAGGUAUUUUGGGGAGAAGAUCGGUCUGUACUUUGCCUGGCUCGGCUGGUACACGGGGAUGCUGUUUCCUGCAGCUCUGGUGGGUCUCUUGGUAUUCCUGUAUGGCCUCUUCACUCUGGAGCACUGCCAGGUCAGUAAAGAAAUCUGCCAGGCCACUGACGUCAUCAUGUGCCCCAUCUGUGACCAGUACUGCCCCUACCUGAGACUGUCAGACAGCUGCAUCUACGCCAAGGUCACCCAUCUCUUUGACAAUGGCGCAACUGUCUUCUUUGCUGUAUUCAUGGCUGUUUGGGCAACGGUCUUCCUGGAGUUCUGGAAAAGGCGCAGAGCUGUCCUCGCAUACGACUGGGACCUUAUUGACUGGGAGGAAGAGGAGGACGAAAUACGCCCCCAGUUUGAGGCCAAGUACUCCAAGAAGGAGAGGAUGAACCCCAUAUCUGGAAAGCCUGAACCUUACCAGGAUUUCACUGACAAAUACAGUCGCCUCGUCGUCUCAGCAUCCGGGAUCUUCUUCAUGAUAUUGGUGGUGAUUGCCGCGGUGUUUGGUAUCGUCAUUUACCGUGUGAUCACCGUCAGCACUUUCGCCGCCUUCGGCUGGGCUCUGAUCAGGAACAACUCUCAGGUGGCGACCACGGGAACGGCAGUCUGCAUCAACUUCUGCGUGAUCAUGCUCCUCAACGUGCUUUAUGAAAAGGUUGCUCUUCUUCUCACUAAUUUAGAACAGCCAAGGACAGAGUCCGAGUGGGAGAACAGCUUCACCCUUAAGAUGUUCCUCUUUCAGUUUGUUAACCUCAACAGUUCAACUUUCUACAUCGCCUUCUUCUUGGGAAGAUUUACAGGCCGACCCGGUGCAUAUCUGCGCCUCAUCAAUCGCUGGAAACUGGAAGAAUGCCACCCCAGUGGCUGUCUCAUUGACCUCUGUCUGCAGAUGGGGAUCAUCAUGGUGCUAAAACAGACCUGGAACAAUUUCAUGGAGCUCGGCUACCCGCUGAUCCAGAACUGGUGGACCCGGCGGAGGCUGAGGAGAGAGCACGGGCAGAACGCCAAGGCCAGCUUCCCACAGUGGGAGAGGGAUUACAACCUACAGCCAAUGAAUGCCUACGGACUCUUUGAUGAAUACUUAGAAAUGAUUCUACAGUUUGGCUUCACCACCAUCUUUGUGGCAGCAUUCCCUCUGGCCCCUCUCUUAGCGCUGCUCAACAACGUCAUCGAGAUCCGUUUGGACGCCUACAAGUUUGUCACACAGUGGCGGCGACCUCUGCCCUCACAAGCCAAAGACAUAGGGAUCUGGUAUGGCAUUCUGGAGGGCAUUGGCAUCUUGUCCGUCAUCACCAACGCCUUUGUCAUCGCAGUUACCUCAGACUUCAUUCCUCGCCUUGUUUACGCCUACAAGUAUGGACCUUGUGCUGGUCAGGGUCGAGCAGGGGAGGGGUGUAUGAUGGGUUACGUCAAUGCCAGUCUGUCAGUAUUCCGGGUGUCUGACUUUGAGAGGAGAUCACAGUACAGGACUAAUGGCUCUGAGCUGUUUGGACAAGCUGUCGAGUUUUGCAGAUAUCGUGACUACAGGGAGCCUCCAGACUCUGCCGAGCCCUACGAAUACACUCUACAGUUCUGGCACGUCCUGGCGGCCAGGCUUGCAUUCAUCAUUGUGUUUGAGCAUAUGGUCUUUGCCAUCAAAACCCUGAUCGCGUACCUGAUCCCCGACCUCCCCAAGGACCUGCGGGACAGAAUGCGCCGAGAGAAAUACCUGAUCCAGGAGAUGAUGUAUGAGGCCGAGUUGGAGAGACUGCAGAAGGAGAAAAACGAGAAGAAGAACAAAGACAGGGUCCAAAACAAGGAAUGGCCCUGAAUACACCAACUGGUACAGCCGGAGAUUCAGAAACAGCAUGUACAGGAGAUUAUUCAGCUCUGUUCAUGACUUGCGUGGGGUUUUAUGUGCAGGACUUGCCUACUGUGCUGAACUCGGGCCUGGAAGCUAUCAGAGUUUAGGCUAACGUUAGCAGCUCUGUCCUAAACCUUAUCGGAUUUGGGGAAGUUACACUCCGGAAACCCCAGCCGCUGUUACCAAAGAUAGCGUUGUAUUUUAACACCUCAAUUAGUGAUCACCAAAAUCCUUUUCUCUUGUAAAAUUAAAAAUUAAAACAUAGUGUUUAAAUAUAUGAAUAUGUUAAGCUCCUAGGACUAUUAGGACUUGCUAGCUUCACAGUACAAGUCAAGAGCAAUUUAGUACAACCGACGCAGGCUUAUAACUUAAUGACUUAUUUUUUUCCUGGGACAUGCAGAUUUAGCUCAGUGUCAUGUACAGUGCAUAUUUAAUGAAUGAUGAUAAAAGUCAGCUGGAAAAGAUAAAAAAAGUUUAUCAGAGACAGGGUUUUUGUUUAAAUUUGUGGAGACGUUAGCUUAAUUUGCUAACCAGCUACAUAGCAAAUCAAAUCCAAGACGGACAAAAUCGACGGCCGGUGGCUAGGAGCGAGAUGUCUGCUUUUGUCUCUUUCUGAAAUCAAUCAUCAUUUCUUUUCAAAAACAUUACUAGGAAUUGUGCGUUUUAGAGGAAGAGGGAAGACACGUAGGAAAAUCAUCACAGGUCAGAUUUGAAUUCCCCGGAUCUCUGCAUCGAGGCAUUAUUAUAAGUACUUAUUAUUAUAAGUAUAUGUGCGCCUGCUGUACGCGCUGAACCAACCCGGCCACACAAAUUGAGGGAUUUUACAUUGUAAAACAUAUCAAAAGGGACUGAAUUCAUGCUAGACUAGUUUAAAAAAUAGAUUUUAAGAUGCUGAAAUCAAGUUGGGAAAAAGGAAAGCAACAAAAAAGGGAAAAAGGAAAGUGUAUAUGGUUGUGCCUUCAGAGUUGUUGCAUCCUAAGACCUCAGCUGCGUAAAAAUAAGUGUAACGCUGUAUGUUUCCCAGUGUUAACAGGCCUUAUCAUAUAGUUUCUCUUAUUCCCAGGUUAUCAGCUGGUGUUUGGUUUUCACUGCACAGUGGAGGAAGGAGAGGAGCGCUGGGUUUCCUGCAUGAUACCGGACCCUCAUACCUUCCUCCUGCCAUGUCAGACCAGCACCUCCUAGUGAACAAUAGAUGAACUGCAUCCAGCAGAGCCACACAGUGUACAGGGCAGGGCCCAUCGUGUCUGCAUUCACGACGGAUGUCCUCUGGAACAUUUGACUGUGGGUUUUGCUACGUUUCUCUUCUUCUCUCCAGUUUCUACCACUUUGGACUCUCAACAGCGUAUGUCUUCAGAUCCUAAAUGUAGAUUUCAAGCGAGACUAGAAUUUUACGGACUUCUGGUUUUAGAGAGAAAUAACCAACCGAGCUUAGUGAAUGACUAGCCCUGUUUACAUUUCUCCUCGUUUGAGGAGUUCACGUAUUGCUUUACUGUAAAUAAAGAUAUUUAAAUGAAUGUCAGGCCAUCCGCUCUGCUAUAGUGUAGUGCAAUAAAAAAAAAGCUAGAGAUGCAAUUUCUGGAGAGAUUGUGGUGGGAUUGCUGGCUGCUGAACACCUGACUGAUGGACAGUCACAAGCUAAACUCCAUAACUUGACAAUCUGGGCUGCGCUGCUUCACGUACACCAGGUAGCUGAACAGCAUCGCUUAAAAA